AAUCAGGUUAGGAAAUGCACAGAGAUCUAUAAUAAUAGGCCUAUUUUGAUAUAUGUAUGACCAGUGGGCCCACUCUGUCAAGGACUUCCCUCAGGUCAUCAACAUGAAGGUAGAAUAAUCACAUACCGUACCAGCCGAAAGUUUGGACACACUUAGGGUUUUUCUUUAUUUUGACUAUAUUCUACAUUGUGGAAUAAUAGUGAAGGCAUCAACUAGGAAAUAACAUGUGGAAUCAUGUAGAAAGCAAAAAAGUGUUAAACAAAUCAAAAUCUAUUUUAUAUUUGAGAUUCUUCAAAGUAGCCACCCUUUGCCUUGAUGACAGCUUUGUACCCUCUUGGCAUUCUCUCAACCAGCAUCAUGAGGUUGUCGCCUGGAAUGUAUUUCAAUUAACAGGUGUGCCUUGUUAAGUUCAUUUGUGGAAUUUCUAUCCUUCUCAAUGUGUUUGAGGCAAUCAGUUGUGUUGUGACAAGGUAAGGGUGGUAUACAGAAGAUAGCAAGUCCAAGUCCAUAUUAUGGCAAGAACAGCUCAAAUAAGCAAAGAGAAAUGACAGUCCAUCAUUACCUUUAAGACAUGAAGGUCAGUCAAUAUGGAAAUGUCAAGAACUUUGAAAGUUUCUUCAAGUGCAGUUAUAAAAACCAUCAAGCACUAUGAUGAAACUGGCUCUCGUGAGGACCAUCACAGGAAAGGGAGACCCCGAGUUACCUCUGCUGCAGAGGAUAAGUUCAUUAGAGUUAACUGCACCUCAGAAAUUGCAGCUGAAAUAAAUGUUUCACAUAGUUCAAGUAACAGACACAUCUCAACAUCAACUGGUCAGAGGAGAAUGAGUGAAUCAGGCCUUCAUGGUCGAAUUGCUGCAAAGAAACCAAUACUUAAGGACACUAAUAAUAAUAAGAGACUUGCUUGUGCCAAGAAACACAACCAAUGGACAUUAGACCAGUGGAAAUCUGUCAUUUGGUCUGAUGAGUCCAAAUGUGAGAUUUUUGGUUGAACGGAUUACCUCCGCAUGUGUACUUCCCACUGUGAAGCAUGGAGGAGGUGGUGUGGGUGUGCUUUCCCUGUCUGAUUUGAUUUAGAAUUCAACGCACACUUAACCAGCAUGGCUACCACAGCAUUCUGCAGCGAUACACUGUCCCAUCUGGUUUGCGCUUAGGGGGACUAACAUUUUUCAACAGGACAAUGACCCAACAAACCUCCAGGCUGUGUAAGGGCUAUUUGACCAAUAAGGAGAGUGAUGGAGUGCUGCAUCAGAUGAUCUGGCCUCCACAAUCACCCAAACUCAACUCAAUGGAGAUGAGUUGGACUGCAGAGUGACGGAAAAGCAGCCAACAAGUGCUCAGCAUAUGUGGGAAGACUGUUGGAAAAGCAUUCCAGGUGAAGCUGGUUGAGAGAAUGCCAAGAGUGUGCAAAGCUGUAAUCAAGGCAAAGGGCGGCUACUUUUAAAUAUAUUUUUAUUUGUUUAACACUUUUUUGGUUACUACAUGAUUCCAUAUGUGUUCUUUCAUAGUUGUGAUGUCUUCACUAGUAUUCUACAAUGUAGAAAAUAGUACCAAUAAAGGAAAACCCUUUAAUGAGUAGGUGUGUCCAAACUUUUGAUAAUGUACAUCUCAUAUAACUAUAAACUUUUUAUUCAAUAUGCACUACAUGACCAAAAGUAUGUGGAUACCUGCUCGUCGAACAUCUCAUUGCAAAAUCAUGGGCAUUAAUAUGGAGUUGCCCCUUGCUGCUAUAACAGCUUCCACUCUUCUGGGAAGGCUUUCCUCUAGAUGUUGGAACAUUGCUGUUGGGUCAAGGGCGUUACUGAGGUCGGGUACUAAUGUUGGGCAAUUAGGCAUAGCUCGCAGUUGGCGUUCCAAUUCAUCCCAAUGGUGUUCUAAGGGGUUGAGGUCAGCUCUCUGUGCAGGCCAGUCAAGUUCUUCCACACCUAUCUUGACAAACCAUUUCUGUAUGAGCCUCGGUUUGUGCACUGGGGUAUUGUCGCGCUGAAACAGGAAAGGGACUUAAGUUGGAUGCACAGAAUUGUCUAGAAUAUCAUUGUAUGCUGCAGUGUUAAGAUUUCCCUUCACUGGAACUAAUUUUCCUAGCCCAAACCAUGAAAAACAGCCCCAGACCAUUAUUGCUUCACCAAACUUUACAGUUGGCACUAUUCAUUGGGGCUUUCUGCUGGCAUCUGCCAAACCCAGAUUUGUCAGAGGGACUGUCAGUAAAGUGUGAUUCAUUUCUCCGGAGAACGAGUUUCCACUGCUCCAGAGUCCAAUGAUGGAGAGCUUUACACUACUCCAGCCAACGAUUAGCAUUGCACAUGGUGAUCUUAGGCUUGUAUGCAGCUGUUCAGCCAUUGAAACACAUUUCAUGAACAGUUUUUCUGCUGGAGUUGCUUCCAGAGGCAGUUUGGAACUCGGUUGUGAGUGUUGCAACCCAGAACAGAUGAUUUUCACGCACUACACGCUUCAGCACUCGGCGGUCCCGUUCUGUGAGCUUCUGUGGCCUACCACUUCACGGCUGAGCUCUUGUUGCUCCUAGACUUUUCCACUUCACAAUAACAGCACUUGACCGGGGCAGCUCUAGCAGGGAAGAAAUUGGACAAAAUUACUUGUUGGAAAGGUGGCGUCUCUAUGAGGCGCUACAUUGAAAGACCCUGAGCUCUUCUGUAAGGCCAUUCUGCUGCCGAUGUUUGUCUAUGGAGAUUUUAUACACCGAUUUUAUACACCUGUCAGCAACAGGUAUGUGUGAAAUAGCCGAAUCCACUGAUUUGUAUAUAUAGUGUAUUUUAGUACUGUUGCAAUUUUGUGUGUUGCAGGGACUCAUUGUAAUAUUUUGUCUUACCUGUGUGUCAUUCAAUGUAUUACCAAUGAUAGACAUCUUAUAUACAUUUUACAGAACAAAUUGCCAAAUCUCUGGUAAGUUAUGUGUCAAAUGUACAGUUUUCAUUGGUUUGCAAUUGUGGUGACAAUAAUACAUUGGUUUGCUUGCAGCCAACAGUAGCCUGUAUGUCUGUAUUCUGUAUCUCACAUCGGUCGGGGAGGCUGUGAUGUGCGUAAAUUGAUGACUUUGAGCAUUCAUAUUCCUGCUGGUCUUUGAAUGUGCUGUUGCUCAUGCCAGAUACGAAUAAUAUUUGUAGAUAUUUGCGUUUAUUCUCAAUACUUUCCUGCGACAGACCCGCUUGCUUUGUAGUCGUCGACGCCUCAACAGUUAACGGGAUGCCGGAGCAAUGACAAAUGGUUGGCUCAGGCUCCCCAUGAAUUCGCUUCUCAGGUGAAAGCACGACAGAAGACCGUUCAGCCGCAGUUGGCCUUCUGCUGGGGUGAAGGUGACUCGCUUCGCCGCUGAGGAGAGAGAUGCAGAGAAGAAGCUGCGAGCCGUCCACUACUUGCUGUCGUCCUGCAAGCUGAACAUACGAAUAUUAUAGAUAGGCUGGCCGUGGGAUUUUAUCAGUGACUGUGUAUGCAUGUGUUCUGCACCGAACGGGCGCAUUAACCGCCCCAGAUACGCAGCGAACAUUUUCCAGCUCGGCAAACCACCGCAGAGGGACCCCGAGCGCCGGGAGAGCACCGAGAGCGCGCGGAAAGCCCAGCGGGCCGUAAGCGACUGUAGGAUGACUGUCCAAGAAUUCAACACUCUUGUGGCGCUGUACCGAGAACAGGUAAUCUCUAUUGGGGAGAUUUCUGCCGAUUGUCCCUCUUUACGGGCCGUGUUGCACCGUACCAGGACCAAAGGAUGCGCUAUGGCCCAAGCUGCCCAUCAGAACCUCACCGUGAUAUCUGGGUCUGGGCCAGAGGAUGGGGAGAUCCACCCAGAGAUCUGCCGGCUCUUCAUCCAGCUGCAGUGCUGCCUGGAGAUGUUCAUCACGGAGAUGCUCAAGUCCAUGUGUCUAUUGGGGGUACUGCAGCUCCACAGGAAAGGAAAGGAUUCAUACCCGGAGCCCAGGCUGGACUUCAAGGUGGAUGAGAGUUCUGAUGUACCCAUCCUGGAGGAGCGCUCCUCCUCACCUGUGGACUACCAACACGAGUCCUGGCUGGUGUGCACCGAUAUUGAAAACAUAGAGAGGGACAUGCGAGAGAUGAGAAACCUACUCAGCAAACUUAGGGAGACCAUGCCUUUACCACUAAAAAACCAAGAUGACAGCAGUCUGCUGAAUCUCACUCAAUACCCGCUAGUCAGACAGAGGAAGAGGCGCUUCUCUGGGUUCUGCUGCCUGGUGUCUGGCUGAGUCAGUCGGGUCCUGCAGGCAGCAGCAAGGGCAGCACACCAACCCUACACAACACCUUACAUGUUAUUACUGCCAUUUGGGGAAGGAACUUUCUGAUCAGUCUGUCUUUAUUUUGUAAUAUGAUUAUAUGUAGAAAAAGCUAUUCAAAUAUAAUGUUACAAACAUGCAUAUUUUGCUAUUAUAUUAUUCAAGCUGUCUCUCUUUGUAGAAAAGGAGGACCCUUAGGUCUAUAGACGAGCACAAACUGAUGCCAUGAGAGAUGCAUUAUGUUGGUAGACAGCUUUGCCUAAUCUUUGCCUUCAGACAUCUUCCUCAGAAUGUCAUUAUAUUUCUUCACUGUGCGAUGCUUCUUUUGCAGUCUUCCAUGAAAAGGAAAUCUGUCUCCAACUUACUUUUUCCAUCACAAGGGCUUUGCAAUGCUCCAUAUCAAAAACACUUCUAAUUUCAUGUAAAUACAGUAUAUAAAUGGUGGUAAAUGUUUUGUAUGAAACUUUCUUUGAAUAAUGUAACUAUAGAUUAUCUAAAGAUUGAAUGUCUAAAUCCUUUGCUUUGAUUUAUUUAGAUGUCUUGGCCGAAAGUGUACAGCAUGAAUAUUGCUAUUUGUACUGUGGUAGAUGUAUAGAUGUUGUGCUAUAGAUUGUUGUACGGCUGACAGUAUGUAUAGCCCAUUUUAUAAUGUGAAUAAACUUUUUGUAUUUAAAUAA